ACUUUUCUAAGUCAGCCUGGUAGGGAAGGGAGAAGAGGCGCACUCAACCAUUCUUCUGGACAGACCCUGCCAAACUCCAGAAAACACCACAGUUCUCGGCAAACGGAGGCAGCACAACAGCCAAAGUGAGAGGAACCCAACCUCUUGCCCCUGGAAGACCCAUUGAAUGAGGCCAUUCUCCCACAUUUUUCUACAAGAGUCAGAUGAAGACACACAGACCACUGAGAAGGAGUAAUAAAUGUCAUAGAAGAGACAAGACAGGUGGAAAGAAUGGCCUGGAAGUGAGAUUUCCCAGUCUGCCUCAACUGCUUCUUCAUUACCUUCCCUGUGUGUCUCCAGACCCUGCCCUCUGGCCAGGACCACCCUGAAAGAUGGGAAAGCAGAUGUGAAGUCCCUCAUGGCGAAGUUUAACACAGGGGGCAACCCGACAGAGGAGGUUUCCAAUAGCCGGCCCUUCAAAGUCCCAGGGCAAAACUCACCUGCAGGAAUACAAGCAAAAAAGAACUUAUUCACCAACCAAGGAAAUGCCAGCCCUCCCGCAGGACCCAGCAAUGUACCUAAGUUUGGGUCCACAAAGCCCCCUUUGGCGGUGAAACCUUCUGAAGAAAAGCCUGACAAGGAGCCCAAACCUCCAUUUCUGAAGCCUGCAGGAGUAAACCAAAGAUUUGGAAUCCCGGCAAACUCGGCCACCAGAGAGCCUGAUGGGAAGGUGGGAUUUCUAAAACCUGUAGGCCCCAAGCCCAUCAACUUGCCCAAAGAAGAUGCCAAGCCUGUGUUUCCCAGGCCUCCUGGGAACAAGCCAUCGCUCCACAGUGCAAACCAAGAGCGGGACUUAAAGCCAGCAGGCUCAAAGCCUGGGUCUACUCCUCCAACCCCCGAAAAUGAACAGAUGCAGGUGUUCCCUAAGUUAGCUGGGGCUAAAGGCAAGUUUAUGGCAGCCUCACAAGAUCAUGACCCCAAACCCCUCUUCCCCAAACCCACCUUUGGCCCGAAGCCAUCCCUGAGUACCGAGGACUCCCGGGAAGAUGAGAACCACGCUAAGAAUGUGUCUCCACAGAAAGGUCUGCCGACUCUACCUGGGGCCAGGUCCAGAAGCGGGCCCUUAAAACCAGCAAGGGAAGACCCAGAAAAUAAAGACCAGGGAAGUGACACUUCAAGUUCACCUUUUUCUGGAGUAGUCUUGAAACCUGCUGCAAGCAGAGGGAGUCCAGGCCUCUCCAAAAAUAGUGAUGAAAAAAAAGAAGAUAGGAAGAUAGACGCUGCUAAGAACAUCUUCCUGAACAAAAUGAAUCAGGAAGAGACAGCCUCUGGGGCACCUCCUCUCAAGUUCCCUAAGGCACCUUCUAAGCUGACAGUAGGGGGGUCAUGGGGCCAAGGUCAAGAGAAGGAAAAGGGAGACAAGAUUCCAGCCACCCCCAGGCAGAAGCCCUUGCCUUCCUUGUUUACUUUGGGUCCGCCUCCACCAAAACCUAGCAGACCACCAAACGUCGACCUGACAAAAUUCCGAAAAAAUGCUUCUGGAAACAGUAUCAACAAAAGCCAGACACCUUACUCGACGACGUCCCUGCCACCACCUCCACCACCCCAUCCGACCAGCCAGUCACCACUCCCAGCAGCUCACCCAACACAACCACCAGUCCCAAGUCUACCUCCCAGAAAUAUUAAACCUUCAUUUGACCUAAAGAGCCCUGUAAAUGAAGAAAAUCAAGAUGGUAUCAUGCCCAUGGAUGGUUCUGGAAACCUUGAAGAGGAACAAGAGAGUGAAGGAGAAACAUAUGAAGACAUAGAAGCAUCCAAAGAACGAGAGAAGAAAAGAGAAAAGGAGGAAAAGAAGAGAUUAGAGCUGGAGAAAAAGGAACAGAAAGAGAAAGAAAAGAAAGAACAAGAAAUAAAGAAGAAAUUUAAACUUACAGGCCCUAUUCAAGUUAUCCAUCAAGCAAAAGCUUGCUGUGAUGUCAAAGGAGGGAAGAAUGAACUGAGCUUCAAGCAAGGAGACGAAAUUGAAAUAAUCCGCAUCACAGACAACCCUGAAGGAAAGUGGUUGGGCAGAACAAGGGGAUCGUAUGGUUAUAUUAAAACAACUGCUGUAGAGAUUGACUACGAUUCUUUGAAACGGAAGAAAACUUCACUCGGUACUCUUUCAUCAAGACCUAUUGAAGAUGACCAAGAGGUAUAUGAUGACGUUGCAGAGCAAGAUAAUCUGAGCAGCCACAGUCAGAGUGGAAGUGGAGGGAUGUUCCCACCACCCCCAGAUGACGACAUUUAUGAUGGGAUUGAAGAGGAAAAUGAUGAUAGCUCCAUGCUACAGGUUGAAGAGAAGAGUAGCACGUGGUCCUGGGGGAUUUUGAAGAAGUUAAAGGGAAAAGAUGACAAAAAGAAAAGUAUACGAGAAAAACCUAAAGUCUCUGAAUCAGACAAUAAUGAAGGUUCAUCUUUCCCUCCUCCUCCUAAACAAUUGGACACUGGAGAUGAAGUUUACGAUGAUGUGGAUGCCUCUGACUUCCCUCCUCCAUCAGCAGAAAUGAGUCAAGGAAUCAAUAUUGGAAAAGCCAAAACAGAAGAAAAAGACCCUAAGAAGCUAAAAAAACAGGAAAAAGAAGAAAAAGACUUCAGAAAAAAGUUUAAAUAUGAUGGUGAAAUUAGAGUCCUAUAUUCAACCAAAGUUACAGACUCCUUAACUUGUAAAAAGUGGGGGACCAGAGAUUUACAAGUAAAACCUGGUGAAGCGCUUGCAGUUAUACAAAACACAGAUGAUACUAAAGUUCUCUGCAGAAAUGAAGAAGGAAAAUAUGGUUAUGUGCUUCGGAGUUAUCUGGUGGACAAUGAUGGAGAGAUCUAUGAUGAUAUUGCUGAUGGUUGCAUCUAUGACAAUGACUAGCACUCAGCUUUGGUCAUUCUGCUGUGUUUGUUAGUUACCAAGAUAAAGUCUGGCUUUUAGUUGUCGUAUGUUAUUGGGUAUCAAAGAAAAUGAAUGCAUAAGCUAUUCAUUACCAUUUGUUAUGAAAUUCUGAUUAUUUUAUAAAGUUUUGAACUUAGAAAAUGAUCUCUUUGUUUAAUCACUAUCUCAGGAGACUGUAUUAAUAAGAUAUAAUAAUUAUUAAAUAUUCCAUUUUUGCUACAAUUGUAAAGGUAUUUAUUUUAGACCAUCAAUAAAUAAUUUCCUUCCCCCACAAAAGAAGAAAGAAAAAUCAGUCCAUAAGAAGUGACUGUCUUGUCAAGAAAAAAAAAAAAGAAAAAAGAAAGAAGAAUAUAGAAUAUAAGGAAAGAAAUUUUAAAUCAUCUCACAAGAAUGCAAGCUAUUGUUUGUGGCUCUAAUUAAGAUAGUAUCCUAUACUAUUUAUUCAAAUUACCUAUUUUUUAAAAAGGCAGAGCUGUCUCCUCUCCUAGGUAGGUUAAAUGUUUUUGAAAAUUAUAGCAGUAGCAGAACUUUUAUAUAAACUCAGUUUCUAUUUUUAAAUUAUGAAUAUAUGUUAAUUAUUUGAUAAGAAUAUUAUGCAUUUAGUAUGCACAUCUAAGAUGAAACUGUGGAAGAAUCUAAAAUAAGUUUCCUUUUUACAUAUUCACAUACUAACAGUUUAAAUCUAUACUCUGUUAAAGUAUGACUAUAACUAGAGCAGAUA